AUGCAUUACACAUUUUUAUGAGGUCUAGCAUCAAUUCUACUACUCAUCAACUUUGCUCUGGGAGUUAAAAAGCCUAUACCAUACAAUGGAUGCCCUACUUUUGAUCUCAAAAAUCGAAUAUCUAUUAUCGAAAAAUCUUCUAUUUCAGGUUUCUCAUUGCAAAAAAACCUAUCAGCCUUUAAUCUUUUUACAGACACACAAUUUAUUUUCAAUUUGUUAAGGCUGCAUAUAUCUAAAGUAGCUUUAUGUCAUUUAUCGAAACAUUUUCCUCAUGCAAUAUUUCAGUCAAUUUUUUUUCCCUAGAGAGAUAUGUGAUAGAAUUUUAAGGGCUCUCCGAGUAAAUCUUACGAGGAAAGCUUUGACCAAAAAUCUUCAAGGAAAUGCUACAUAGGAAAAUACUCUGAUCAAAUAUUUUCUAUUGAUCUGAAGAAGAAUUCUGUGAGCUACAGUCAUCAGCGAAUAUCAUGAUGAUGUUUCCAGCAGCAAUCUGACUUUCUGAGAAAAGCAUGUUUCUUACAGUUGUCAGGCUGAGCUAUUCUAGAAAGGCAUUUCUUACCCCAAAUAGUUAGCAUUGAAAAUCGGAAAAAAAAGUUUUUUUUUUUAGGUAAGCAAACAUUUGUCUUGGAAAUUUAUUUUGCGUAAUAUUUUGGUAUAUAGUUAAUGAUUAUAAUGAGAUCACAGUUUGCGUGCAAAACAUAAAUUUUUAUGAAUUAAAUUAUAUUUUUCUUUUCAAAUAUAAAAAUUUGGAUUUUUUAAAAAAUAAAUAAUCUACCUCAGUUAGCGAAUUUAAUUAGAUUAUUAUAAGGAAGGCGAGCCAUAAGGCAACACUCAUCUCACUUUUGUGUUUUACCUUGCUAGCCAGUCCGAGCACAAUCUUUAACUGUGCUACUCCUCUCGGACGAGUACUUGCACUUGCUAUCUCGGAGUAAGAGGCACUUGGUCGCCGUGCCGCAUACCAACGCUUUCUAAAAUCCGAAUAAUGAAUCUUUUGACCUGAUUGUUUGUCAAGAUGAAGCUCAUAGCCCAGGACAUUGGUUAGUUCCCACUAGAUUGCCCUAUUGACUAAGUUAAUAUCUAUGGUCUUGCCGGGCAACCCUUUCUAACUCCAAAAUUAUAUCUCCCACAAGGUAAAAAGCUGAUCUGGACAAGAGCUUGUGGAUAGCUCAUUCCGUGAUUACGCUCCACCAAACAACAAAAGCCGUCGACACACUCACUGUCCUUCUAUAAGGUCGCAGCUACAGAUGUUAAGAGGUCCAUCAUUUUAUGUAUUAAGUUAACGAAGUAUCCAAGUCGAAGUUAAGAGUUUUUUAUACACAAGUUUAUUUGACUCUAACUGAAACGAAGUAAUAACAGAAGAACUGAUUGGAAUGACUCAAGUUCCUGGAAUCAUCCCAAUUGAUGUAUAUGAUUACAGCAUAGAAAACUCAGGACCUGAAGACCCUCGCAUAUUUUGAUUUUCAAACGAAAUCUACAUUAUUUUUAACAUGAUUGAUAUAGAUCUAAAGAGAAAAAUGUUUCUUUAUAAUUUCUCAACAGGUGAAUCUUGGGCUCUAAGAAUUAUUGACCAUCUCUUCUGACACCGCUAUGCAGAGAAAAACUGGACCCCUUUAAUUAUUGAUGAUAAAAGUAUGUAUUUCGUGUACAACUAUAAGAAUUUUCAAAUUUUAGAUUGCACUGAUAGAAAUAAUUACUGUAUAAAAAGCUCUGGAGAGUUUAAUACUGUUCCUUCUGGAUUGAGAGGUGGAUCACCUUAUGUGAGAUUUCAGAAAACAAAUUACUUUAUUUCAUAUGGAUACACACAUAUUGAUUACAGAAAGGAUGAGGAGUUUUGUGUUGUGUAUAGACCAGCAAUUACGAUUGUUUUCAUUGAAGAAAAUCCACUGUCAUUUAGGCUGAUUUAUCAAAGCGAGCCAAUUGAAUUUCAAGAGAAAUUAUUUAUUCAGCCAAUUAUGAACUAUACUGAAGGAAGCCAGGCUGAGAUCUGCGAAGAUAGACGAAUUAUGAUGGUGGUGUCAAUAGCUAAGUGAGACUAUGAUAAAGAUAUAGUAGAUAUCACGAUCAACCUAAAUGACACAAUUCCUCUAGCUAUUCAGAUUUCUGGACUCACAAGUCUAAUCAAUGAUGUUAUCAAAAUGCAUGAGAAUCGUGCAUUUCUUGAAGAAACCAAUUGCGCUGAAAGACUUGCUUGGAAACACUUUGAACUUGAAGAUAUAGAGGGUACGAAGUUUAGCCCAAGGAAGAAAAGAAUGGCAGGAGUAAAAAAUGAUAAAACAGAUCUGGAUCUAACAAAGGUGGUAUUUCAAAAUCUUCAAUUCUAA